AUGCAACGCCUUGGACGAUACGCAAUAAAAAAAUUAUUUUCCAGGAGAACACCGUCGAUUCGAUUCGCCGGAACCCUAACGUCCAAUGACACUUUACAUAGUCGGGUCAUGGGGAGUGAACGGGAACGAUCGAAGGUUACACCUGUGCUGGACAAAUGGCUGAAACAAGGGAACAAAGUAAACCUUACGGAUCUAAGACGCCUCAUCGACGCCCUAUGCGUGUCUCAGCGAUUCAACCAUGCCCUCCAGGUCUCAGAGUGGAUAACUGAUCGAGGUAUUUAUGAUCUAAGCUCUAAAGAUUUUGCAUCACGGCUUUAUCUUGUUGAGAUCAGUUCAGGGUUGAUAGAAGCAGAGAAUUUCUUCAAAAACAUUCCUGAAAACAUGAGGGACGACUCAGUCUACAACACUCUCUUAUACUUGUACACAACAUCCAAGACAACACGGCACGAAGCCGAAGCCACUUACCAGAAGAUGAGAGAGCAAAAUAUGCUAUUGAAACCUUACCCUUACUAUAAUAUGAUAUCUCUUUAUGCUCUUCUUGGAGAAAGACACAUGGUCGACGAGAUCCUGAGACAGAUGAAGGAGAAUGGAGUAGAGCAUAACAAGAAUCUCACGGCCAAUAACGUUUUGAAGGCUUACACAAGUGUACCCGACGUGGAGGCAGUGGACAAGUUACUGAUGGAGUUAGAAGUUGAAGACGACCCACCAUUCUCAUUGGCCUGGCAAACGGGGAUAAGCAUUGCAAAGGCUUAUUUAAAUGGUGGUUCAAGUAAGAAAGCGAUAGAGAUGCUGCGUAGAACAGAACUUGUAGUUGAUACAAAGUCUAAAGACUCAGCGAACAAGGUGUUGAUGGAGAUGUAUAGGGAUGCUGGAGCAAAACACGAUGUGUCCCGCCUUGAUAGGUUCGUCUAUCCGAAUAGUAAAAAGGGAGGGAACAUGAGAGAAUAUAAACACAAAGGAAAUGACGGAGGCAACUCUUACUACUACGGCAACUCAUAUUACUAUUUCGGUGGUGGUGGUUGUGGUAGGUAUAGUGAUGGUGAUGAUAGUGUUGGUGGUGCUGAUUGUGGUGCUGGUGAUAAUGUUGGUGGUGGUGAUAGUAUUGGUGUUGAUGUUUGUGGUGGUUAUAGUGGUGGUGGUGAUAGUGUUGGUGGUGGUGCUGAUUAUGGUGGUAGUGGUUGCGGUGGUGGUGAUUGUGGCGAUUGGGAUUGA